UGGCGCCCUGGUGGCGGUCUUUGGGGCGGCCAUAUUUUCUCUCGUGGGUUUCAGUCACGAAGGUGGUGGUUUACUGACAAUUUCUGGGAUGCGCCGUUCGAAGACGUUCUCGCGCGUUUUAUACUCGUAAAUAAGUGAUAGGUGCCAAUCAUGGCUAAAGGGAGUAACAAUUUGAGUGGAAGGCGGUCAUCGUCGCGUAAUACGAAGCCCUACGACGCAAACAAUUCAUUUGUAAAAAAAGUGGCGACAAAAGUAACAGAUCUUAUACCACAAAGAUCAUGGAUCAGUAAGUGGUUUAAUUCAUCUCAGAAUGAAGGAGAUAUGUUAGAUGAUAAUGAAAACCCUGAAGAGGUUGAGUCGGAAGAAGAUAUUCAAAAACCUCCACCCUUAAAGCGACCAUGUAUUCGUAUGGAUGUUACUCAUCCACCUGGUACAUUUUUAAUAAAACCAAGAACUAAACCAACAAUUAACAGAGCCAGUUCAUCUAAACAACAAUAUUCAUUUCAUAAUGAAAUGUCCGACGAUUUUUCUAAACCUGCAAUGGCUGGACCAAGCGGGAUAAGCCAUUUAGUAUCUUCUACACCUGUAAUACAAUCGGAUAUUAGAAAUACAGCAUCUCAGAGGUCUGAGUUAAAUUCAUUAGUUGCUACUACAAACAAUGGAACUACAAAUGGUACGGAUGAUAAUUCUGAAUCCAGUGAGAGCACAAGUGGUUGUAGCUCUCUUAUUCCACAAAUAAAUAGACAAGAGGCUCCAUCAAAUGUCUCUUACAACUCCUCAUUUUCCAAUAGAAAAAGAUUUAAUGAUGACAAAUUAAGUUUCACCAAUCAUAUGCAGUCUCCGAGGUCUUUAUUUUUAGAUAAUCAUACCCGAGAUUCCUUAAGUAGUCGCAGACCAAGUUUCAAUGCAUCAAUCCUGACAAACACGCCGGAUCGUGCAUCUCCUUUGGCAUCUCCUUUUUACACUGGAAAUAUUACUUUUGGUGGAGCAAAUGCAGCUGGCCUUUAUAAACGAGGUCGCAACUUAUUUAACAGCUCAAACGAGAUUCAACUUAAAAUUCCUAAGAGAACAAGUGUUGAAGUAAAACCAUCUAAUACAGCAGGAGUUGAUUCAUCUGGUAUGAGUCAAACUGCUAAAAAGAUAUUGGAAGCAUUAGAACAUUUUUCAUCACCAAUAACUGAUGCUAAAAAGAUUCCAUUAAAAAUGACAAACAAUACAUCAGUAAAUAAAAAAAGGACAAGGGAAGAAACAACAUCGUCUACAACUAAAGUUGGAUUACGUCAUUUAACUCGUGAAUUAACUGUACCAACUGUACCCGACAUAUUAAAAUUGAGACGACGUCAAAAAUUACAAGAUACAACAGCUGCAGCUAGGAAAAUUAUUUCGGCUCGAAGCGAACCUCCACCUCCACAAGAGUACCAAAUUAGAACACAAACUGAUGAUGAUUUUAAGCAUCAGGGAAAAGUUAAAACUAAAGCUAAAGGAACAAACCUUGAUCAAGAACAAACAGUUGAACCAGUCAAUUUACCAAACAUACCUCUACCAAUAUCUUCUUUACCUAAUUUCAACUUUAUGCCACCUUUUAAUUCAAAGGCAGCAGAUAGCACUAGCACAGUCAAAGAAGAAAGCUUCACAUUUGCAAGUCCUAUAAAAGUGACGAAUAUUACAAAGAAUUUAAAAUCUAUCAAUAACUUCACAUUUAGUAGUCCAAUUAAUGCUGAUAAGCAGUCAACUGACAAGUCUAAUGAUUCAAGCUCACCUAUAAAAAAAAUUGGUGCUAAAUCUAAUACACCUUUUAAUGACUAUGUAUUUCCUGUAACACAAAACUUCAUUUGGUCUGGUUCAUCUACAGCUCCUAGACCAAAGGAAAAAGGAAAGAGUAGUGGCAACACUGUUCCUUCCGCUUUUGCUGUACUUUUUGGUUCUAAACCUACUACAAUUGAACUUGAAAAAUCAAGUGAAACAAAAGCGCAAUUACAAUUACAAAAAGAUGCAGUCAAUGAUAAAACAGAUACAGUUGUUUCAGAUAUAAAUAAAGAUGAUAAUAUUACAAAAUUUUCAAAUUCAAAAUCCAAUGUACAAGAUACUUCAAAUAUGUGGGAGUGUUCUGAAUGUUUGUUUAAAAUCAACAAUUCUGAAACACAGUGCUUUGCUUGCAAAACUGCCAAACCAAAUCUUAAAAAUAAGAAGACUCCUGAGUUGUCAUUAGUAUCAAGCAAUGUCAGUGAAUCAAAGACUACAGUGAAUGAUAAUUUUGGAUCACAGUUUAAGCUUUCAAGUAAUCAGUGGGAAUGUACAUCGUGUCUUGUAAGAAACAAACAAACUGAUACUAAGUGUCUUGUGUGUAGUGCACUUAAACCAAAUACAAAGCAAGAAACUAACUUUAAUGCAAUAAACUCAGCAAAUUCUGACCUCAACAGUGUCAAACCAUUGGAAAAAUCUUCAGAAUGUUCCAAUACAUAUUCUGUUAGUACAUCUAAAUCAAGUUCAUUAAAGACCAAUUCACAAAAGGAUAUGAAUGUUACAGAUAAUACAUCUGCGAAACAAAUUACUAGUAUGUCGGUCAGUACAUCAUUGAAUAAUGCAAAUCCUAUUAAAGAUGAAACUAUGGAUAAAUUUAAACUAAGUAAAGAUACGUGGGAAUGUCCUUGUUGUAUGGUAAGAAAUGUAGCUUCUGCUGAUUCUUGUCCAUGUUGCAAUACAGCAAAACCUAGUGUUGGAAUUACUACUAAAACUGCUCCACCAUUACUUGCAAAUGGAUUUGGAGAUAAAUUUAAAAAACCAGAAGGUACAUGGAACUGCGACACUUGUAUGGUGCAAAAUGAAGCAAAAAUUAUUGAGUGUGUAGCUUGUGGUGGUUUAAAGCCAGGAUCAAAAAAAUUGGAUAAUUCUACUUCUACAACUACUAGUUCCAAUUUACAGUUUAGUUUUGGUAUGCCUGCAAACACUGGUGGUUUUAAAUUUGGUAUUGACAAAGCUGGUCAAGAAAAGACUGAUAAUGCAGCACCUACAGGAGGGGGUUUUAAAUUUGGUGAGAGUCAACAAAGUAGUCAAGUUGGUCAGUUUACAUUUGGUAUCCAAAAAGAAGAAAAGAAAACAUUAAGUGAAACACUGAAACCUGAAAACAGUAUCUCUCUAACCUCAGGAAGUGGUUUUGGAUUUCAAAUUAAUGCAAAUAAUAGUGAAAAGACCGAUGUAAAACAAGACUCAGAAAAAGUGGAGAAAAAGCCAACAUCAACAUUUUCAUUUGGUAUACCAAAAAGUGAAAGUGGAACAGUAGAAAGUGAUAAGCAACCUAUAAAUGUAACAUCUUCUGCAACACUUCCAUCUACUUUUACAUUUGGUGUGCCUAAGCCUAAAAUUGUACAAUCAGAUGCAAAAGAGGAAAAACAAGAUUCUUUGCUUGGGAGUACAGCAACAGAAAUUUCAAAGCCAAGCAUACAAACCACCGAAUCUUCUGCUACUAAUAAUAUUAAUGUGUUACCUUCAGUAACUCAGAGCAGUUCUCAAGAAACUAAACCAACUAAUACAUAUGCAUUUGGUGUACUUAGUAACCCAGUUGCAAUUGCUACCAGUACUUCUACAAAUGUGGUAUCAAGUCUUCCAUCUUCUACUCAAUCUUCCUUUAUAUUUCUGAAACCAAAAUCAACUGCACAAACAGCACCUGUAUCAGCCUUUAAUCAAAUAUCAGCUCCCAUUUCUAAUUUAUCUAAUACCUUUAAAUUUGAAGAAAAAACAGCAGAAGGAUCAUCAAUGACCAAGACUUUUGAUACAUUAUUACCAAAUUCCUCUUCUAGAAUUCCAUUGUUCUCAAGUAUUGUAGAUGCUCCACCAUUGUUCAGUAAUAAUGACACAAAAACUGCAUCUACUUUUGGACAAACUACAACUGAAGAAAACAAACAACCUGUGUUUGGUGCCAGCACUAGUAAACCUUCCACUUUUGCUAUGCCAGAGAAUAAGGUACCGACAUUUGGUGGUACUGAAAAUAAACCUUCAAUUUUUGGAUCAUCUGACGCAAAAAUACCUGUAUUUGGAAGUACAGAUAAUAAAACAACCUCUUUAUUCAAUUCAACUCCUCAAGCGCCAACACCAUUUGGCGCACCAUCGGCUACAUCAACACCUUUUGGAACACCUGCCACUCCUGUUUUUGGUAAUAAUACUACUUCGACAUUCACUACUGAGUCAACACCUAGUAUAUUUGGAUCUACCUCAAAACCAAUUGAAACUACUACACCUAGUUCAAAUUUAUUCACAUUUGGCACUACUACUCAACCUGUAGCACAACCAGGAACUGGAUUCAACUUUUCUGCAAUCACAUUUAAUAAUCCUACGUCAACUAAUACGUCGGGCUUCACAUUCAAUGCACCUAAACCGGAAACCCCAGCAUUUGGUCAACCUACAGCAGCAAGUCCAAUUUUUGGUACACCACAAACUGGUACACAAAAUCAAGCGUCGUCGUCAUUUUCAUCUACUCCUUCAAAUACAGGAUUUAAUUUCGGAUCUGCAGCACCCGCUGUAGCAUCAGGCGGUUUUAACUUCGGUGCAAUUGCACCUGCUUCUGCACCAUCUACUGGAUAUAAUUUUAAUCCUCCAAGUACUACACCAACAUUUGAUCCUAAUAUUCGGCCAUCGUUUAAUUUCACUGGCGGUAAUGCGCCUCAAAAUUUCAGUGCGGCAGCUACUGUAACACCACGGAAAAUCAAGAAAGCUGUUAGAAGAAUACGGUAGAAGGCAAAGUAAUAUACAACCCUAGUUGUACAUACACUCGGGUGCAUUUUUUAUAUCUAUUUUAUGCAACCGCGUGUGUGAAUAUGUUUUUGAAUAUAUGCUAAAGUUACAGUAUGAUACAGUGAAAAUAUCAUAUACCGACCGAUCACAUUAAUGUGGUGGUAUACCAAGCAUUUUAUGUAAUAUAUUAAUCUGCCAAUGGGAUAUGCUUGCGUACAACCACUUGUGUUCUACAGGAUCUGUAAAUUAUAAAUUAUUUAAAUUAUACAAUAAUAACAAAUGAUAUUUCGAUGUUGGCAUGAAGCCACUUUUGCAAAUGAGACAGAUCAUAAUGCCAUUGCAUUACUAAUACCUUGCCCAAACAAGACUAUAUAUAAAUAUACUGACGUGACAAACUAAUUUGCUGA